UAGUCUAUUCUCUACAGGAUUGACAUCACUGCUGUCAAGUAUUGACGCUUGUCAAUAAAAAUGGCAGCGGGGCCGAUUGCCGAAAGAAACCAAGAUGCCACAAUAUAUGUUGGCGGUUUGGACGACAGAGUUACAGAGAGUUUAUUAUGGGAGCUGUUUGUACAAGCUGGACCCGUGGUCAACGUUCACAUGCCAAAAGACAGAGUGACUCAAACCCAUCAGGGCUAUGGGUUUGUAGAAUUUAUGGGUGAAGAGGAUGCCGAUUAUGCUAUAAAAGUUAUGAAUAUGAUAAAACUAUAUGGUAAACCGGUGCGGGUGAAUAAAGCUUCAGCUCACCAGAAGAACCUUGAUGUUGGAGCUAAUGUGUUCAUAGGAAAUCUAGAUCCGGAAGUAGAUGAAAAGCUGUUGUAUGACACAUUCUCGGCCUUUGGUGUCAUAUUACAGACCCCUAAGGUUAUGAGAGACCCAGAAACAGGAAAUUCCAAAGCCUUUGCAUUUAUCAACUUCGCGUCAUUUGAAGCUUCUGACGCAGCGAUAGAAGCUAUGAAUAACCAGUACCUUUGCAAUCGACCUAUAUCAGUGUCGUAUGCUUUCAAGAAAGAUGUUAAGGGAGAGAGACACGGUUCUGCUGCUGAGAGAUUGCUUGCAGCUCAAAACCCACUAUCUCACGCGGACCGUCCUCACCAACUGUUCGCGGACGCUCCUCCUACCAUGAUGGGUCCCGUACUAUUAGCGCCGCCGCCGCCACCGACACCAACACCGAUGCCGCCUCAAGGCCCGCCGAUGAACGCCCGGCCGCCGCCGCCGCUGCCGAUGAGCGCGCCCCCACCACCACCAUCAUCAAUGCCCCCGCCUGGACCCCCGCCACCCCCAGGCCCCCCUCCUCCACCACCACCAUUCCAUCACUUCCCCCCGCCACCAUUCGGACCUCCAGGCUUUGGACCCCCGCCUCCCCCCGGAGCAAGACCCCCGCCCCCAUGGAGACCACCCCCACCAUCAUUCAGACCCCAAUUCCCCCCUCGUGGACCUCCACCAUUCGGACAUCCGCCAUUCCCCCCGCACCCGCCUGAACCAAAUUAUAAUUAUUAAGUGUAAUUAAAUAGUGUAAUUUACAUGUGACUGUUUUAUAUUGACCUCCGUUUUUUGGGAUGGAAAAAUAAAUAUAUUUUACAGUUAUUGUA